UUAGGAUUGAGAUCAAUCCUACAAAGAUCAAGUUUACCAGAGAGCUGAAAAUCGUCAGAGGCAUUGUCAGUAUUCCAUGUGAACUAUGAUGGCAUGCCGCGCGCUCUGAAAGUUGUAUGUAUCUUUAUCAGCAGCUACAUCUCAAACACACCAGCUCCUGAUGUUGUCUAGUUUCACAACAAUGAAGAAGCUGGGUAUGUCAACAACAGGGUCCAUGACUUGAAUCACAUUCACUGUGAAAUCAGGGCUUAUUACAGCCUCAAGCAAUCUGGCAUAUGUGACAGGGGCUAUAUGCCACAGUUUUAUGAAUACAUAUUACUCUUGCGCCCAACUGCCAUUGCCUCAUCUGAAUGUCUUUCAACACAACACUGGCCUCUCAAGUGCAAUUUUGAUGGAAUAUCUGCCAAACCCUCUGAUAAUGAACUGCAUUACUUAUAGCAAAGAGCAAAUGACCAAGACAGUCAAAGACAUUCAACAGAUACAUUCAGCUUUGGUUGAGCACAUAUACUUCAAUGAAGCAAGCUCUCCACCUUCCACACAUAAUACUCCGUACAAACGCUCAAAUCCAUCCAAAUCAACGAAAAUGGACUGCAACGGGGCAGUCAUACAAAAAGAGCUGGCUCUUAUUGAGCUGCCUUGGUGAGAGCUCUAUAGCCCCAACAUCUGUAAGAAUAAACAAACAGAAAUAGACUGAUCUGGCCGGCGAAGCCCGCUCGCUCUAGCUAGUUCCGUCAGGAGAGUGAAAGUUUCAGGUACCUAGAGUUUAAUUAAUUCGUGUUCAUCAGGACUCCGGGAGAGUGGGCCAUGAAGCUGUCCACCUACCGUACUCUGAAGUCGAGACAAGUCCUGCAUGAGGACUGGAGUUAGGCCAUUCUCGAACAGCAGGUCUCGGACAACUGUAUGGGCGGAUGCUCUCGUGUCAUUGCGCGAGGGGUUGGCUGUCGACCCCGGAAUAUCAGGCUCUUUGUGAGGAGGCAUCCAAAGUCUAUUAUUUAUCGACGAAGGGGAUGGAGAGGCACGACGAUGCGGAUGAAUUGGCACUUCCAUGAUUACAUUUGCUCGACUCCGCACUUCCUCCUGAAAUAAUUCUUCUGCAGCUCGUGUAACUACGUCGUGAUAGCCAGCUGCUUCUCUCUUACUCCAAGCCCGGGAACUUCUGUGUACUUGGUGCAAGAACCUGCCGAGCCGUCGAGUCCGGGAAUGGAACUGUUCAGAAGCAAGCAGGGAGUCUUUUGGAAACUGCCCUACGUAGUAUUCCGCAACCACAUCAUCCAGGGACUCAUAACCCUCUUCUUCGAUGACCGAGAGUAUCCUCUCCAGUCGCCGUUCGCUAGUUUCAUAGGAUGUUCUCCUUCGUUUAUUUCUGCAACUAUUCCUUCUUAUACCCGAAGCCUCUCCAACCCUUGCCAUCAUCUCUUGUGAAAAGGAUUGAAGGGAUUUAUCGAGAUCAUCUGAGCGAUAGAUUUCUGUGGGGAAUUGAUGUUCCUCAAGAGUUUCUGUGUCUUCGCUUUGGAAGAUCCCACCCUUCAAAUCGGGUAGCGGCGAAGUGUCUGCUGCUGCUAGCUGGAAGCCAGGUUGCUGGGAGUGACAUCGAUCAGAAAACAAUGAUGGCUGCCCUUUGUCUAAAGAGUGCACUGGAAUCAGUGGUGGGUUGGGCUGCGUGUUCAGCAUAGCUAGUCCAAAAGUGGAAGAACACCCGCUGUUGCGCCUCCGCCGAUGGAUAUCUCGCAUCGCUGGCUCUGCGUGGUCAUCUCCCAUGGUAUCUAGUAGGGGAUCAGGAAUUUUUGCAGUUUCUGAAGUAGUAUGAGAUACACGGCUUUGCAUCGAGGUCUCUUGGAAGAACCUCGGCUCCCAUGACGAAUCAAUGUUGAUUAGGUCGUCGACCAUUUCUUUCUCCAUGAGUUCGGGCCCUAGUCUAUCUGAAAUGCUUUCUAUUUCUUCAAAGAAAUCAAGCCUAUGAACCAUUCGUCAGCACCAUUAUUCCCCUUUUUGGGCUCCUUUGGAUGACAAUUUAAAUUCCCCCUCUCGGACCCGAGGCUACUUACUUCAUUGGGUCGACCUCAUUGUGAGCCGGACUCUGUGGUUGUUGUCGCUCCCGUGACGAAGCGCUCGUUUCUGUUUGGUUUGGAUGAAUAUUAUCAUGAGUGUGUGUCUUGCUUGCGCAUUUUCGCUUUGCUGCUGAUUUUAUUAGUUGCUCGAGACCUAUAUACUAUACAUCGCAGAACCAUUCUCGACCGUUUUGAAAAGAGGAAAAAGGGAGAACAAUACCCUCUCGAUGCCGUCGUUGAGCCAGUCUAUUCUUUUCUCUUCGAAUUUCUUUUUGACUGCGUUCAAUAGGUAGCAUUAGCGGCGGCAGCUCGCUUUUGCUCUUUGGUUUAGAAUUUUCGAACAUGAUUAUACUUUGCCCCUUGCCAUUCUUGGUUACCGUAUAAUAUCUCCAGGGCUGGCUCCCGACUACGUUUUUUUAUUCUUACCUUCAUUCUAAUUGCGCAAACUUUUAUAAAUGGCAUGGAAGGCCUCUCGAAGCCAGGCAGCCAACCACAGCCUUUGGACUCAGGAAAUCGAAUAACUACACCGCACAUCCCUAUCGAUGCGAGCCGAGUGUUGGACAUAUGCAAAACCCCCAUAUUUUAGACCCGCGCAAACUAGGUACGGUCGAUGGAUAGCUGAUAUAUGGUGGGAUCUCAGCCCAAAGCAAUACUACCCUGAUGGGGCCAAGUUGAACGUCAAGACGAUAAUGAAGAAGAUAAUAUCCAGCAGGUUUUCAGCCUUCGGAACGGAAAGUAUUUUCAAUGUUGCUCCUAGCAGCUCGUUUCUGUAGGUCCUGUCUGGAACGACCAGCUUCUAAUCCAUGAAGGGCUUGGUAAUUCAUAUGGACCUGGUUCCAAAAGCAUUCAUCAUGUUUGUCAAAUAUAGAAAUGAUUUGAAAGCUCGUAUUCGAUCAGUGCACUUAUUGUAACACGACCCCCAACUGUACAACCACUGAUAAUUCAGCUACAUAUUUAUCUGGUGUUUGGACAACUACAUAUUAUAAAUCGGGGGCGAGCGGAGUGGAACUUAGUCAUAUACAGGGCAAAUCAUAGGCUAAUAAGUUGGAAGCCACAAUUAUUGCAACGAGAAUCUUAGUAGUAUCUCAUUCAUCUUGUUGAUUCUUCAGCUGAUUCUAAAGCUAG